AACACCAGAAAAAGUGUGAAGCCCAAGCAGUGCUGUGCAUUCUGGUGCUGUUCUGUAGUGCUGUUAUUCCCCAGCUGCACUCACCAGGUUUUGCACAGUCCAGGGAUUGUCAGUGUUGAUGAUCUGAAUUGCCUUAAAACAUCCUGGAUUUUGAGUCCUGGCUCCCUGGUGCUGCCUUGGUUUCCUCCCCUGCUACUCCCAACAGCCACAUCCAGGAUCUUCUCUCAGAGCAGUAAGGCACUGGAACAUGGAGAGUUUUCGGGCAAGUCUGGGGCACCGCACUGCCACUGGGAUGAGAGCCCGUGUUUACUGUGAAGAGUUUCUGUUCCCAAAGGUGCAAAGAACUAUGGCAGAGCUGUGGUGGAUUUACUCCAAACCUGUCCCAGCAGAUGGCAGAGAGCUAUGGACUUUAUUUCUGCAGUGUUCCUGCAUUACAGUAGUGAUAGGAGGCCUUUUUUACAACUGGAUGUUUGCUUCCCUGGAGUACUCCUGGCAUCUCUCCGUUGCCAUGGCUGUCUCCUUCAGUCUGCUCCUUCUCCUGACUCUCUUUGUGGUGCAUCCUGCCCGCUGUGUCUUCAGCAUGAUCAUGCCCACAUUAGGCACCAAACAGGGCAGGAGGCUUCUCUUCUCCACCUGCUUCAUGAUUGCAGUGGUGAACAUAACACCCAACAUCAUCAGCAACAUUAAAACCAUACUGCAGGUUAUUAAGUGCAUCUGCAAGAACUCCUCUGACAGCCUUCUGAACUCAACUGCCCUGCUAGAGACAGUUUCCUGGGAGUUUGGGGAUGCAAUACAAGAAACCAUUCAUUCCAUUUAUAAGCCUAUGAAUGGACAUUUUCGCUUUUCGUUGCUUCAGAAUAGCUCCUUGAUUUACCAAAAAAUGCACCUUGCUGGUGAGAAAAUUAGCAGAGAAUUCUUGUCUGUUGAGGUACUGGUCAAAGACUCUGUACGAGAGGCCAACAGGCUGGCUGCUGGUUUCUUCAUGCUCUAUCUCUGUUUUGAGUCCACCUGGUAUUUGAAAAAUUAUCUCACAGAUAUCCGCUUUGACAACUUUUACAUCACCAAGAAGCUGGAGCGUUUAGCCACGGACAGAAGAGCAGCUCAUCUCCUGGUGGGCUCCUCCAAAAAGUUCAUCCGCCCCACAGGCUUGAGGCUGUCCUGGGAAGAGGUGGCACUGUGCCUCUUGCGAGCCAUGCUGGUCACUGUGGCCCUGAUGCUGAUGCUGGUGCUGGUGGCCAUGGACCACUUUGCGUUCAGCGUGGCAGACACGGCGGUGAGGAAGGCAGCUCAGUUCUCUGCAGUGCCCAUCACUCUCAACAUCAGAUACAAGGCUGAAAUAGGGCCCGUGCCCUUUCUAUUCAAAAUUUUCAGGCGUCCUUCUGAGGAAUUACUGCUCGGGGACUUCAACAAGACCUACCACCAUCAUCUGGUCUUCAGCUCUGCCCGCUGCAGGAUCAGCACCCCCACAGCUCCCAAGCCCUCCGUGCUGCUCGUUGUGGGGCUGCUGUUCUGCAUGCUGUACAGCACGGUGCUCCUGGAGACGCUGGCGCGCCGCCUGUGCCGGCAGAUCGCAGCCUCCUUCUUCCCCAGCUGCGAGCAGAGGCGAGUGCUCCACCUGUACGGGAGGCUGGCCAGAAGGCACAGGAAGGAGCAAUACCCUGGGAAAGCUGCUGCUUUUGGAUGUCAGGGGGAUGUCUGACACCACAGCACAGACUUCUGCCACAGGAUCGCACAUUUGAUUUUCCAGAGUUGGAGAAGUAUUUGGAGCUUGUGGAAAAAAUACUAAAAUUGAAAUGUCACAUUUUUGCACUAAUUUGAGAAAAAUGAGCUACAUUUCUGUGGAUGGUUCAGACAGCCCUUUAAGGCCCCCUUGGAAUUUUAUCCCCUAGAUAAGAAAUCCUUCCUUAGGAUGACUCAUGCUAGAGAAAUGUUCUUCCUCCUGUAGACCCCUGUGUUAUCUUUUAGAGUUCUAAUUGGUCUUUAUUUCUCCUAAGUAAUUGGUCACUUUUCAUCUACAACCUUAAAGUAAUUGGAUAGCUUUCAACUUGUAACUUUAUUGGUCACUUUUCAAGCCACCUCAACCCUAUAAAACCCCUUUGAUAUUCUCUGUACUCAGAUUUGCUGUCGGAACCCCCCUUCGCAGAAAUAAAGUUGCCUGCGGAA